CUCUCAACCUGCAGCCUCGCGAUCGUUUUAUCUUUACCUUUUCCUCUAUCUCUCUCCCCGCGCGAGUAUCGACAACGUCCCGCGACUUCGCCCGUACCCCGAAAUCCUUGAUAGCCGACGGCCCCGCUCUGCCCGCACCCCCCGGUCCUCAAUGACGGCCAUGGAGCAAGACGACUUCUCUAAUGUCUCGUGGAGCGACCACGUACAUGAUCAGACUUCGAGGCCUAUUCCGCCUGCUGAGCAGCCUGGACAUGAUAUGAAUGGACCUGGUACUGGCCUUGAGGCUGAUGCCCCUUCGCUGGGUAACGAGAGGCUCGAGUGCACUGUCGGCACUCCCAUCAAGGAGAAUGACGGCACCAAGGACGCAUUCGUAUCGUAUCUGAUCACCACCAACUCUACCUUCUCCUCUUUCCAGCGCUCCAACACCACCGUCCGCCGACGCUUCACCGACUUCGUCUUCCUCUACAAGCAGCUCACCCGCGACUUUCCCGCCGCCGCGGUGCCCCCUCUGCCCGACAAGCAGCGCAUGGAGUACGUCCGCGGCGACCGCUUCGGCUCCGACUUUACCGCCCGCCGCGCAAACUCCCUCCAGCGCUUCCUCGUCCGCCUGUCUCUCCACCCCACGCUGCGCCGCGCCCCGAUUCUACACGUCUUCCUCGAGAGCCCUGACUGGAACGCCACCAUGCGCAGUCGGGGCGCGAGGACUAGCUCUACGAGCGAUGCUGGAUCUACCGGCGUGUUUGAUAACUUUGCCGAUACCUUUAUUAAUGCCUUUACCAAGGUCCAUCGCCCGGAUCGCCGGUUUAUCGAGGUCAAGGAUAAGAGCGACAAGUUGGAUGAUGACCUUGGACAUAUUGAAAAGGUCAUUGCGCGUGUGGCCCGUCGCGAGACAGAUCUUGAGGUUGAUCUGCGCGACCUCGCUGAGCAGUUCCAGAAGCUCAUUCCUCUUGAGCCUCAUGUCGAGCCCGCUGUCCAUGCUUUUGCUGCUUCAAUCGAAGAUACGGCAACUCACCUCCGGGAACUGAAGGACGUUACAGACCAGGAUUAUCUCGGUUCUCUCCGGGAUAUGCAGGCUUACUCAAUGGCUCUGAAGGGGCUUCUCAAGGCCCGUGAGCAGAAGCAGCUCGACUACGAGCAACUGACAGAGUACCUCAACAAGUCGACUACAGAGCGCGAUACGCUACAGUCUGGCCACGGCUCUGGAGGUGGAGCAGGUGGAUUCCUCCGAGCCAAGAUCGAAGACGUUCGCGGCGUGGAUCACGAGCAGGCCCGACGGGAGCGUGCUCGCAAGCUGGAGCUGCGGGUAGAGGAGCUCACCCAUGAAGUAGAGAGCGCGCGCAAGACGAGCGACAUGUUUGACGACGAGGUAGUCAAGGAGGUGGCCGACUUUGAGCGUAUCAAGCGUAUCGAGAUGAAGUCGCAGCUGGGUGGUCUGGCCGACGCCCACGUCGAGUUCUACGGUCACGUCGCCGACAUUUGGGAAAAGUACGUCCAGGAGAUGGAGAAGGAUGGCGGUGCCGUGAGGCCAUGAAGAGUUGGGACUUUUUAUCUUGUGCGGGCUUGAGGCGUUUAAUGGGACUUGGGCGUUUCGGGAUGAAGACGAGGUUAGUUGGUGAGGUAGCUAGCCGUGAUAUCAAGACACUUUGAACGAGACACGACGCAAACUGGGUUGACGCUGUUGUAUUUAUGUUGUUGUUGACGCUAUUAUAGCGAUGUUGUAGAAAUGUUGUAGAGAUGCUGUAAUGAUGU